CUGAACAUUUCUGGAGAAACACUCGAGGUUCCAUACGUGUUGUCAAUGGGACACAAAUGGGUUGUAAUUCAAAGGCGCUGCUUCAGCGACACAGAUUUCUACCGAGAUUGGUCCGAUUACAAACAUGGAUUUGGCAACUUCAAAGAGAAUCAUGACUUUUGGAUAGGCAACGACAAUAUUCAUUUGCUAACAACUGAUGGCUACAGCUACCUGAGAAUUGAGAUGUUGAAAACGGACGAUGAACCCUUAGAAGCAGAUUAUGAACGUUUUAUGGUGGAGGAUGAGGACAACAAAUAUCGAAUAAAUGUUACUGGAUUCCAGGGGAAUCAUGAUUGCAUGACAAGCUCUAGAUGGGGAUGGAACCUACACGGUAUGGUGUUUAGCACAUUUGAUGAGGAUCAUGACUCUGCUGAGCAUAACUGUGCAGCCUCGUUAAGAUCGGGAUGGUGGUUUAAAUCUUGUACAUGUGGAAAUUUGAACGGAUUGAUUGGCAAAAACAAGUAUGACAGCAUGCGUUGGGCCUGUUCUUCUUCAGACUUUUGUCAACUUAAAGCCGCCCGUAUACUGCUUAGAAGACACACACCGUAAAGUGAAGGAGUAUCUGACAGACUGGAUACAACAGCAUAACAAAACACACACCGUAAAGUGAAGGAGUAUUAGACAGACAAUAUACAACAGCAUAACAAAACACACACCGUAAAGUGAAGGAGUAUCUGACAGACUGGAUACAACAGCAUAACAAAACACACAUCGUAAAGUGAAGGAGUAUCUGACAGACUGGAUACAACAGCAUAACAAAACACACACCGUAAAGUGAAGGAGUAUCUGACAGACUGGAUACAACAGCAUAACAAAA